UGUUACAGAUAAUAAAUUAUCAUCAAUUACUUGGACUAAGUUGUUCUUAGGUGAAUUACAAGACCUGUGUAUAGUUUGCAGUUUAGCUACAAACAAAAAUAAGGAAAAAUUAAAUACUAAUUUAAAGGCCUAUUUUGAAAAAAGGAAAGAAAAACUAUCUGCAAUGUUAUUUAGAGAUGAAGUUGGCAUGAAUAAUUCUGAUAACAAUGUAAACCUAAGUAAUUAG